UUGAUACAUUUUCAUCAUUCUUUAGCUGAUAGCUCCCCAACCGGGUCACGAGAGCCUUAUCUAUGUGACCGAGCCUCCACUUCUAUACCAUCGUCUCCUAACGACACACUUACUGUUGGCGCUGAUGCCUUGGGCACGACUUCGACAGCCACAAUACCACUGGAUUGCAGUGUUUGUCUUCGAGAUGUCAGUCAGGCCUAUGCAUUGUUAUUCGCUCUUCCUGAAAGGGCACAUGUGAUUACAACGCUUAUUCGGACUAUUCAGCGCCUCGUCCUGGCUGGCCUACGUCAUUUAUUGGUCAUGCAGCAAUCUCCAGCUCUGCGCGAUUCCAAUGCAGAGCCAGGUACAGAUGCUUUUCGUCGUCAGCAACGUCUUGUCAAUGUGUUCAUAAUCCUAUUUGCGUGUCCCUUGGUUACAAACCCGCUGCAUUUCGAGGUUAUUAUCCAUUUUUUAAAUUGA